AAUGGGCGAGCAUAAUCUCCUUAAUCCAGGGUUUGUGGGACCUUUAGUAAACAUCCACACUGGAGACACGUUUUACUUCCCGAAUUUUCGAGCUUCAGGGGGACAACUGGCGGGGCUACCGUCUCUCUCCUACCCGAGAAGGGACAAUGUUUGCUCCCUCCCGUGGAAUCCUUCGGAGCCGUGCAAUGGAUACUCUCAAUCCUACUUUAGCAGCCCCGUGUCUAUUAACCCUUCUUUCAACCGGUCGUGUGAAAUUAGCAGACCAGAAGAGGGCAAAUGUUACUAUAACAACGGCAGCGGGAGCAGGGAGACCUGUUCAGGUGGCAGCAGCAGCAGCAGCAGCCUCAAACGGGAGGACAGGGCGAGAGACACAUCAUCAUUAACAUCUGACCACGGGAUGCACGCUGGGAUUGGCAGCACAGCCGCCUUCUCCAAAUAUGAUUACGGGAGCGAGCAGCUAACGCAAGACCCACCAUCCUGUCAGUCAAUGGAGUCCGACUCCAGUUCAUCGCUGCUCAACGAGGGCAGCAAGCCUUCAUCCAGCGACACACAGACCCUGGUGUCACCGGGGAGCCAUGCAGGCAACAUAGCCGCAGGCGGGGCAGCCCCGUGGUACCCGAUGCACACCCGGACCAGAAAGAAGCGCAAGCCGUACUCCAAGCUCCAGCUGGCUGAGCUCGAGGGUGAAUUCAUGAUGAAUGAGUUCAUCACCAGACAGCGGCGGAGGGAGCUCUCCGACCGUCUCAACCUCAGCGACCAACAAGUCAAGAUCUGGUUCCAGAACCGCAGGAUGAAGAAGAAGAGACUCAUGCUGAGGGAGCAAGCUUUGGCCUACUUUUAGAGAUGCGGCAGAAGGUGAAUCGAUAGGCAGUAAAAAAUGCCAAGCCUUCUACGCUCCCUUAGGUCUUCUUUCAGUGCAUGCACUCAUCUAUCCAUCUUUUACAUUGCAGGCAAUUAUCGCCACAUUUUGUUAUCAUUUUUACCCCAAAGGUGCGGGCGUUCCACGCCCAAAAACACGCCACUAGCUGGCACUCAGAGCUAUAUUACGCAUAAGAAUACCUUUAUGUUUCUGGUACAACCGCACAAAACCUGUGAGAAAGUGUUUCUUUGUUUUUUCUUGGUUUGUCAAGAAAUGAGUCUGCGCUCUUAAUGUAAGUCACGCGAGUAAGUUGUCUCCAAGGCAGUGGUUCAGUAUUGGGAUGACGCAUAACCUCAGCAUCCUCUUUUUGUUCAGGAUCGAGUGGGGACUCUUGGUAAAAUGUCAAAAAAAAAGGUCUAAGAAUAACUUUGAGGUCAGAAAACAGAGAAGCCGAGAGCCGCAGCAGCGCAAUAAUUUCUCUGUCAUCUCUCAAGGAAAAGUGUUGCUCUCGGUUAAUACAUACUUUUGACAGCCGUAUUUGUUUACAAAGAGAACCAUCUUUUUAUCUUUAGUUUCCAGCAGACGCUGUGGCACGUUCACGGUCACGGGCAGGAAGUCUGGAAGUCUGCAUGAGGAGAGGGAGAACUAAAGCCGCAGUGUAAUCCAUAUGCUCAUUGGAAAAAAAAUCCCCACUCAUUGUUCACGUGCUAACACGUUUGUAAAGGUAUUUUCUUACUUUUAUUACCUUUCAACUUGUACGAACAACAGCCACAGAAUCCUGCAUGGAUUUGGUUUCUUUAGUUGACUGAGAUCACCGUGUUGAUACGGUUUUGAGCUGCUAUUUAAAGUUCACGUCCAGAGUAUGCCAGUUAAAAAUAUUCUAUUCUACAAUAGUCUUGAUUGUAUCUGUAAAGCAAAUAUUCUACAGUAUCGAAUACAUUUUUAAAGCCAACGUGGAUCAACAGAGGAGCCGCCUGACGUCGCAUCAGGGCCGGGGAGGGUGCGCUUGGUUUUUAGGCCUAGAAGAGGAUUCGUGAAACUUGGUGCUCAGAAUGAAAAUAAAUAUGUAGAAAUUUAGAAAAGUGAAUAAUCUUCCUUAAAUCGGGAGGAAUGCAGUGCAUCAUCUGUCAUGUAUAACGAGUAAGCUAUAGCAGUGAAAUGUAUUUGCAGCAUGUUAUUGAUGUGAAAUAGCUAUAAGUCAUGUUUGCGGGCCACUUUUUCUGUAGGUAAAUUUUUUAUAUAAAAAAAUAAUUUUCCUGAACAAUUCAUAAGCAAACACCAAGUAUGCGUUUAAGACGCAAACCGCUACAAAGAAUGUAUUAUAAUUAUAAUAAUUAUUAUUAUUGUUAUUAUUAUUAUUAUUAUUAUUAUUAUGGUGAAAGGACGGAGGGCCUGUCAGGCCUACGUAAUGUACUUGCUCUUUGCAGCGUGCUCAGUGUUGUCCCUCUCCUUAUCUUGUACUCGUGUAUAACUUUGUAAAAUGAAAUGACUUCUAUGUUACUUGCAUCCUGUUUGAGGAUUCCCUCUCACUAUGUAAUAGUGUUUUAUGUUAUAUUGAUCGUCGUGUACAAUAUAGCAUUCCAUAUAGCCUAUUUGUGGAUGUAAGGGUUGGAAAUGUAGGCCUAUGACGUUAUACUGCCAAGAAUAGAUAGAAGAAAUGGUAUGCAAGACAAGUACCACAAAUGAAAGAAUCCCUGUUUCUGUGUAAUAGUUGUUCUUUUUAUUUUCGUCCCUCAUCGCAUUCCCUUCUUUGCGCUUGUAAGGAUUGCUACGUUGUCUUG